AUGGAGUACAAGCAUUUCAGCCAUCAUCACAACUUGAACCUCUAUCAAGUGCAUCAAGGCCAAACAUUCCAUUGCUCAGGCUGCGAAACUUCAUGCACUUCAGAUUCCAUCUAUGCUUGCUGGCAAUGCAACUUCUUCCUCCACGAUCACUGCGGCAAUGCCAAUCGCUUCAUAAAACACCCAUCUCACCCUUCCCACCCUCUCAUCCUCCUCCCAUCUCCGACCUACUGCAGCGGCACCUUCCUCUGCAACGCCUGCGGAGCCGCAGGCAAGUCCUUCUCCUACUGUUGUGCGACAUGUGAGGUUGACCUCCAUCUCCACUGUGCUUUCUUGCCUCCAAAGGUGAAUCACAAGUCACACCCACACGAACUACGCCUCGUUCACACCAUUCCAGAGAAAGAGGCAUUCUGUGAUCAUGACUGCAAGGUAUGUAACAAUGUGUUGCAGAGUAAGCAAUGGGGUUAUUGUUGUGUUAAGUGUGAUGAUUUUCAUGUGCAUACAUUUUGUGCUACGAAUGAGGUAAAGCCAGGAUUGUAUCUGGAUGACGAUGAUGAUGCUGGCUUGGAUUCCGGGCCCGUAGAGGCGACGCAGUUGGGGCUUUUUCAGAGUGGUUGUGAGGAUCAAUUGGAGGUUCAAUUGUCGGAAGAGGCGGUUGUGGAAUUGUUUAAGAUUCAGCUUCAGAUGCAGAUGGCCGAGCAACUUGCAGAAAUUUUGGCAUCACCAAAUCACAGUUCCCCUGCUUGA